GGGACGCGGAUCACUGCCAUUUUGUCGACGUUCGCAUUUGGAGACAGUCGUGCAGGAAAAUGGCCCAUCGCGAGCGAUCCUUUAUCAUGGUGAAGCCUGACGGCGUCCAACGCGGACUGGUCGGCGAAAUCAUCCAACGCUUCGAGAAGCGUGGUUACAAGCUGGUGGCACUCAAGUUUAUGCAAGCCGGAGAAGAACUUCUGAAGAAACAUUACGCUGACCUAGCUGGGAGACCUUUCUUCAACGGCCUUGUUCAAUACAUGCAGAUGGGCCCCGUCGUCCCCAUGGUGUGGGAAGGUGCCAACGUGGUUGUGACGGCUCGCGACAUGAUUGGACAAACUGACCCCUUGAAGUCGAACCCUGGCACAAUUCGCGGCGACUAUUGCGUUCAGGUCGGCCGCAACGUGAUCCACGGCAGCGACUCCACCGCCAGUGCCGAAAAAGAGAUCGCCCUGUGGUUCACCGAGCAAGAACUGGUUUCCUGGACCCCAACACAAACAACCUGGGUGUAUGAAGACUAAGUAGCCAUCACUUUACUAUGUACUAAUGAAUAAAACUUUCUUUCGGGA